GACGGAUGAUAUUGGGGUAUGACAGGCGUGGUCUUUGGCUUGGCGCUGCUUUUGGUUGCCCAAGGGUUGCGUAACUGAAGACAAGGAGAUCAGUCCAAGCUUCAGUGGAGUUAUUGUCCGUAACUUUCUCCAGCGUUUGCAGUAACGCUUCGGCCACUAUAAUGCGGGUGCUCUUCGGGAUGUGAUCGGGAAGAUGGACUGUUUCGCGUAAUCCCGCCAGGCGGGAUGGGAGAUCAGUUGGUACGGUGCGCUGCUGAUUAUUAGUCGAGGCGCUUGGUGGGGGCGCUUGAGAACGCAGCUGACGUUGUUCUGCUUUGGCGCAUUCUUUCGGUUGGGUCUCAAGGUGUUUCGACAGAUACAAUGCACUGGAAAGGACUUUCAGGCACUUUGGGCAUUGAAGAGGGUUCGUCAUUGUCGUCCCUUUAAUAAAGCGUUCGACGGAGAAAGAGAUCUGAAUUCAGGAGAUCAGAAAAGAGUACUUAUGGCUUGAGUAUUCACAAACCAUAAGACGACUCUGCCGAGUCUGCCCUCACACACACGCUUCAAGUCUACGACUAAUGGUAAAAUACGAAUAAAGUAUUGCACCUGUCGGCUGCUUGUCUGUCUGUGUUUAACAUAGCAAGAUCGCGACAGACUAAUCACCAUUCACCAGUACCUGCACUGUCCUGCAUGCUGAAGCAAGAACACUGAUUGUGAGUUCCAAGUUCGAGUUGAUUCUGUUGGUGCCAACUGCGAAGUACCAAUAUUAUUUUUUGCGUGUAUCGUUAUGAUUUUGUAAUUAUCGCUGUUCCUGUGUGCUCCAAGCAAACCUGAAUUUUUACCUUUACGCCUUUGUAUUUCAAAUCUGUCUGGAUAAUCGUAUUUUAUCAGAGUAGUUUAAUGGCAUAACCAGGAUUCAGGAUAGUUUGCCGUGGUGGUGGAUUUAACUUCCAUUUUCCUGACGGUUGUUACAUCCUUAUGAUGCUGUGCACGAACAAUAUGUGAGGUUGAUGUGUUUUCGGCGUAACUUCGGAUUUAUUUAUUGUCAUGGGCACUGACCCUUGCAGGCCUGGGUCAUGGCUUUAACGCAGUGCGCGGUGUGGAGAAAUGUGUUGCGUUCUUGUUCGGCGUCAGCGUUAUUCUUGCUUUGGACACUUGCCAGUUUCUUUCAAAUUUCACAUGGUGCCACUCUUGCCAUUGAAUUCCGAGAUGAUGAGCUACCUCGUCCAAGCCCCAGCGACUUUUAUGUCUUUACUUUCUCGCCUCCACUUGGAAAUCAACGAAAGCAUAUCGUCUUGGUAGCUCAGAAUUAUACUAGUCCGUUGAUUUUGCCGAACGUAGCACCCACAACGGCCUACAAUGUCACCGUCUUCAUUAACGAGCUGCCCAUGCCAACGCAGACCUUUGUGUCCGGCCCCGAUCCACCGGUUAAACUGGAAGCGAAGAGCACAGGUCCAAAUGAAACUAUAGUGUAUUGGAAGCCACCUCUGGCUGGCACUGUCGAUAAAUAUCGUAUUCAACUGUUUUCCCGGGAUCAGUCGGGGAACAUAACAGAGGGUCAACCACUGGACUGGGAUGCCCCCAAAAUCACUAUUGCGCCAUUGUAUCCUGGUGGAGAAUAUUCCGUCGAAGUUCGCAGUCUCGUUUCGUCAUAUGAUCGAGGCAUCGCUUUAUCGGAACCAGUUCGAACUAGUUUUGUACAACCUCCAGCCACGCCCACAAAAUUUCGCCGAAUUCCUUCGGCCAUAAGUGAAACUUCCGUCAGCGUGCAGUGGGAUGCAGCAGAAGGUGUCGUGGACGCCUACUUCGUGUCCAUUCAAGCAUCUAUCCAGCCAAAUGAUUCUUUUGUCAAUCCCAAGGAUCCUCUCAAAGCAACAUUCAGUAAAUUAAGCCCGGGAACGGUUUAUACGCUGGCAGUCGUAUCAGUUCACGGCAAUGCUUCCAGUAGUCCGUCAUUCCUAAAUGUCACUACAAGACCGCUUUCCCCGACAAAGUUGCGUGACAUCUCGGCUUCUCCUGAACCGCGAUCUCUGCACAUCGGAUGGGAUCCCCCUGUGGCGCCGAAAACCGGCGUGUUCUAUCGAGUGACAGUAAACGGCACAGAACUGAAUCUGGAUAAUCCCGUGGACAGUCGAGCAACUGUGGAUAAUCUCCUUCCUGACGAAACGUACAUGAUUGUCGUGGAGAGUUUCAUAAAGAACACAGAUGAUUUACCACUGUACAGUAAAGGAGUGCAGGGGAUUUUUCAUACCGUAUCGGAUGCAUCUGUAUCCGUAACGGCAGUGAUUGAUCGACCGGAAAUAGUGAUGGAGACAGCGGAUGGGUCAGUCAAAUUUUUAGAGGCCAAUGCAACUUCUGAGGAUAAUUCGGUUGUGAACGGAGAUGUUUCAACUGGUCAACACGUUAACUUCCGAGAUUUGGUUGGAGGUACGCAUUAUUUAAUCUACGCGAGGCUGUUACAGAAUGGUUUGAAUGUUGUGCGCUCCUUUGAAAAAUUGACUUAUCCUUUUCCUCCAAUUGAUAUUUCUACCAACAAGAGCUUGACGACCACGGACAGCAUCAUGUUGGAAUGGUCCAAGCCGUUUAAUACUCGCUUUCAAGGCUACCAGAUUUUGUACCAACGCGACGAUGCCGGAGCCAUCACGCCUCCACCGGAUCCGAAAAUUAUAACCGUUGCUAACGCGAGCAUUACGAGCUUCAACGUGACAGGAUUAGAGACAGGCACAAAAUAUUCGUUCCGAUUGAAGAGUUUUGUGGAAGAUGUUUUCAGUGUGGAAACUCCCGCUGCGCUGUAUUGCACUCGUCCACUCAAACCCAGCUCGAUCGUGCAACCUCUGCCGGUCAAGCUGAUGUUGCAACUUCAACGGCCGUCUAAUACCACAAAAUACUACCGGGUGAAACUGUUGAACCUUGAUGUGAAAGAUAUGCCAGUGCGUGAAAUCACUAUUCGCAAUGACUCGAUGGUUGUCAACUACUCCAUUGCCAUUGACUAUUUGGGAGCGACGUACGAAGUCCGUGUGGCAGCUGUUUCUUGUGACCUGCUCAGCGAAGAAGUGUCGCACAUUGUCAAUUCGUUGCCACCGACUGUAAUUUUUACGCGACCUCCUACCGAGGUUACCCAAACCUCCAUCAAAUUUUUGUUCCAAGCCGGUUGGAAAUUAAAACGUAGCAUCUUCACAAGAUUCGUUAUCGCUACGGAUGGAAUUCCACCUAAAUAUGUUUUGCCGAACGAUGAAGACAUGCAUGUUGUGGAAUUUACCGGUCUCAUUCCUGGGACAAAUUAUAAAAUUCUCGGAUGGUCAGAGCGUGGGGAAGUGCAGAGUGAUAAGCGGUAUCUGAUGGUGCAGCUCAAGCCUAACAAUGUCACCGUUCUCAAUGCUACAAAGAUUUCCAGCCGUAGUAUUGAUUUUACUUGGGAAACCCCCGUUGGGGUCAUCGGGAACUACGAGAUCGGCUACAACAAUACUGCGCCAGUUUCUACUAACGAAACGUCCUGGAGCUUCACAGGCUUGUUGCCCUUUACGGUAUACUCAAUAUACGUGGUGGCCCGUAGUGGCACCGAACGCAGUGGAUCUUUGACAAGAUUUUUCACUACACUGGAAGACAAACCGGGUCCUGUGAAGUCGUUCCAGCUUACUCCACAACGGUCAAGUGUUCUUACUUUAAAAUGGAGUGCGCCAGAAUCUCCCAACGGUAUCAUUACGGGUUACGUGUUAGAAUAUAAGGAAAACAGCACAGGAGAACAAUGGAUACGAUUAGACCUUGCACCGAGCAAAGAUUUGUCGCAUUCUUUGUCACUAAAUGCCGGGAAAACCUAUCUUUUCCGAAUUGCACCAGUCAACUCGGCUGGCAUCGGGCCAGCUCAGGAUGGCUCCAUGACCAUGCCUAUCGCUGCUCCCAUCGCGCGCCGAUCUUCGCGUCCAGUGAAAACCGAUGUUUCGAAAGAUACAAUAACGCUGGAUUUCAGCAAAGAAUUUUUUAUGGAUACAAACGGGGAAGUUGUCAAGUACGCUGUGAUCGUAGCUGAAGAUCGCUUACAGAACUCAAAUCGUACGCUUGCGUGGCGCGAUGUACAAAAUAUGGCGAUCUGGCCGCCAUAUGAGGCGACUCCUUUGUUUAAUCCUUUUAAUGACCUGAAUGAUUCGUAUGCGGUGGUGAUUAAUCCAGAAAAUGGCCAGGCAAGAGUUACAAUCGGUACUGAGAGGGAUUGUUCGAAUUCGCCCGAAGUAUACUGCAAUGGACCUUUGAAAGAAAACACCAAAUACUAUGUUAAACUGCGAGCCUUCACCAGCCUUGCUGAAAAUAAUUUGUUAUAUGCGGAUACUGAAUAUUCCGAACCCAUCAUGACAGAAGCUUCCCGCUCCAGUGCGUUGGCGAUUGCGAUUGGUGUUUGUGUUCCUGUAAUUGUCCUGGUGUUUUUUGCGGCUUUGCUGGUCCUUAUGCGAAAAUAUAAUCUCGGACCCUUUGUGAAACGAGCACGAAAAGCCGUGGUUAAAACAGCGGAUGACAAAAUCUCCAUAACUGAAAGUCUGCCUGAAAAGUCACGGCCGGUAAAACUUAGAGAGUUUGCGGAGCACGUUCGAAUGAUGUCUGCCGAUUCAGACUUUAGAUUUUCCGAGGAAUACGAGGAUCUGAAACAUGUGGGAAGAGAUCAGUCGUGUGCAGCGGCCGAUUUACCGGUUAAUCGAGCCAAGAAUCGUUUUACGAAUAUCCUUCCAUACGAUCACUCCCGAGUGAAACUGCUGGAAACAGACGAUGAAGAAGGCACGGAUUAUAUUAACGCCAAUUAUAUGCCAGGUUAUAAUUCUCCACGAGAGUUCAUCGUUACGCAAGGGCCACUUCCGGGUACGCGUGAUGAUUUCUGGCGGAUGGUAUGGGAACAAAACUGCCGUGCCAUCGUCAUGCUAACACGUUGCGUCGAAAAGGGCCGAGAAAAAUGUGAUCAUUAUUGGCCGUAUGAUACUGAUCCUAUCAUUUACGGGGAUGUGGAAGUAACAAUAAUGAACGAAUCGCAGACUCCCGACUGGACCAUGAGGGAAUUUCGUGUUGCGAAGAAUAACGAGCCGGCGCGUAGUGUCCGACAUAUCCAUUUUACUGCCUGGCCUGAUUUCGGAGUGCCUGAGCGGCCACAAACUUUAAUCAAGUUUGUCCGUGCCUUUCGGGAACGCGUUCCCACGGAUUCACGGCCUGUGAUUGCGCACUGCAGUGCCGGAGUGGGUCGGUCAGGAACGUUCAUAGCGUUGGAUCGGUUGCUGCAGCAGAUUCGGACCCAAGAUGUCGUUGAUAUUUUUGGAAUGGUUGUUGAAAUGCGUAAAGAACGUGUAUGGAUGGUUCAAACCGAGCAACAGUAUAUCUGUAUUCACCACUGUUUAUUGUGUGUCCUGGAGCAUCGGGAAGAUGACGCGAGCACUGUGAGUUCCGCCAUGCACGAGAAUCCUUGUUACGACGUAUCCGACGAUGAAGGUAUUGUUGAGUCCGGUCCAUUUUAGAAGCAGCGGAAAUACAUCUGUGAUACACAUGACACCGUCCGAUUACUGGAUGGAUCCAGUGUCCUUUUCGGUUUUCUAGAAUCUCCUCGAGUGCGUCCGGAAAACUGGCCACGUUGACAGAAUGCUCAAAUUUCCGUGCUAAGAGAAAUAAGUAAUAUAGCUAUUUCAGAGAGAUGCUGAUUGAUUCCGUCUAAGUUAGCUGCAAGAGCUGUUACAAUUUUGGUACGUUUACUUUUUUCUGAUUAUUUGUAAUGUGUGCCUGUUGUGUGGAUCCGUGUAUCUAAUGUUGUUGUUAAUUUUAUCUUAAUGAGCGCGAAUGUGAGUUUGAUUUCCAUAAUUAUUAUUCAAUGGAUGCUAAAUAUGCUGUGAUAACUGUUGACUUUUUGUACUGAGCGUUCGCACGAUACCAAAUCUAGUGUUGCCGACUGCAUCUGAAAUGGUAUUGUUCUACGAAAUAAAAAGAGCAACUAUG